AUGUCGGAGAAGGCAGCAGAUACUGAUGUGACGACCUCGCCAUCCGGACUUGACGAUGGCUGGACAGCACAGCAAGACCAUGAUUUGGGUCAUCGAUUGCCAAAAGAUCCCAAUGAUCCUUUCCACUGGCCGAACUGGCGAAAGCAACUGGUGCUUUGGCAUGUCUCCAUGAUCCCUUUCCUCGCGUUGUUUUCUGCCUCCCUCAUUGUACCUACGUUUGUGCCUCUGGGCAAAUAUCUGCAUACCCAGAUCACGGAAACUGCCUAUGUCACCAGUAUCUACAUUGCGCUUGUCGCCAUCUCCCCGUUGAUAUGGAAUCCCAUGUCCAACGUGUAUGGCCGCCGACCCAUCUACAUCAUGAGCUUGGCCACUUUGGUCCUUUUCAGUACACUAUCGGGCUGGUGCAAAACUUAUCACACCCUGCUGGUCUUGCGCGCCCUGACCGGAUUGUUUGGCAGUGUCUCGCUGGGUCUGGGCAAUGCUACCGUAACAGACCUGUUCGCGGAACGUGAGGGGGGACGAUACAUGGGCGUCUAUACUGUCUCCUUCAUCACCCGCGGACACGUGGCACCUAUCAUUGGCGGCUACAUUGAGAAGCGAUUGACGUGGAGGUUCUGCUUCUAUCUGCCGGCAAUCCUCGCAGCAGCCCUUCUGUUCUCAUUCUUGCUCACCGUCCCAGAGACUUUGUACGUUCGCAGGAGCGCUCACGACAAGCAAGACCAGCCACCGAUCGGCCUAAUGCACUUGGGAAAGGCACUUCCGGACUUACACCUCAGAGUAGCCGACUUCUCCAGACCCUUGCGAAUGUUAUUCUAUCCAAGCGUUACUCUACCGAUGUUGAACUAUUCAACAUCCUUCGGAUACGGCAGUAUUCUGUUCAUCCUCACAUCCUCAAAUCUCUUCGCCAAGCUCUACAAAUACAAAGCAUGGCAGACCGGAGUACUUCUUGGCGUUCCUUUGACUGUUGGAAGCGUUUUAGGAGAGUUCUUCGCCGGCUACCUUUCCGACCUCAUAGCAGAACGUAGAGCAAAGACCCGCGGUGGCCUCUGGAGACCAGAGGAUCGUUUCAUCGCCAUCCUACCUGGCUUCGUGCUCUUGCCACUUGGCAUCAUCAUCGAGGGUGUUUGCAUCACCCGCCAUACACACCCGAUAGGACCAGCCAUGGGAAUUGCCGUUGCAAGCUUCGGGCUUCAGAUUAUCACUACUGUUGUUUAUGCAUAUACUGCAGAUUGUCAUCGGCCUCGGACCGCUGAGGUUGGGGCUGUGCUUAACUUUGGUCGCCAGGUUUUCAGCUUCUGUAUUGGCUUUUACGGAGUGCAGCUCGGCGAGGAGAUCGGGUUCCAAAGUGCAUGGGGUGUCUUUGCCGCUAUCAACAUCGCAACCGGUCUGCCAAAUGCAGCCUUGAUGGUCUGGGGAGAGCAGUGGCGAGCCAGCUUAGGCGAGUCAAGGGAUAGUAGAGAUUGA